CUUUGACGAUGUGCUGUGAUAAUUUUUAGACUUUUAAUUGUCCCACCUCCAUAAGUCUCGCCGACAAAUGAUCAAACAAUAGUUUUAUAAAUCUAAAUAAAUUAAAUAGAGUCUAUAAAUAGUUUUAUAAAUUCCCGAACGAAAAAUAGUUAUAUAAAUGUCAAUUUAUUUAAAAUUUGUUUUAAAAUGCAAAUUUUAUUUAUUUUAAAGAAGAAAAAAAAAAAGCAACCCUUUCUUAAAUGUGCAGAAUCCUUAUUUUGCUUGAGAAUAAAGGGAAAGAGACGCACAAAAAAAAAAAUAAACAUGAGAAAAUGUCCGUGAUGUGUGUAAGAAACGCGGGUCGGUCCGUACAAAACCUCUUUCUUUCUUUCACUCACCAUAUGUGCUGGAUUCUAUUCUAGUUCUUACCCAAACAAAACAUCCUCCUCUGUUUCUCAGUUUCUGCUUCCUCCUCUGUUUCAGAUCUGUGAGAAAACACAUAGAAAAUCCUCUGUUCUUCUCUGGAAAAUUGAGUUGUCUCAGCUUAAGAGCUCAAAACAACAGUUGCCCACGUAAUAAAGGUCCUCGCUUUCUCUUCCUCCUCAUAACAACACACAGGAACGGCACAGAGGAGGAGGAGGAGGAGAGAGAUAGAGAUAGAGAGAGAGAGUCCCAUAUAUUAUAUACAUUGUACACACAGACACAUCUAUAUAUCUAGAGAGAGAAGGAGAAGAGGUGAUGGGGUUGGUGGGUGGAGAGGAAAAUAAGAAUGCUACUGAGAAUGGAGUAUCUGGUUCUGAAUUUCCACUUGGGAGCAAGACCAAAUACAAGAGAAUGGAGUCCGAGGUUGUAGACACAGAGGAAGAUAUUCCAUUGACAAAGAAAAACCGAAAUACCAGGAAAUAUGUCUUUGCCUGCGCCAUCUUCGCCUCUCUCAAUUCCGUGCUUCUUGGAUACGAUGUGGGUGUUAUGAGUGGAGCAAUUUUGUUCAUCCAAGAGGAUCUAAAAAUCACAGACGUACAACAAGAACUUCUUGUUGGAAUUUUGAGCAUAAUCUCCCUAUUGGGUAGUUUAGCAGGUGGAAAAACAUCAGAUGCCAUUGGUAGAAAGUGGACAAUUGCAUUUGCAUCCUUUGUCUUUCAGACUGGUGCUCUCAUAAUGGCUCUUGCUCCUUCUUUUGAAGUGCUGAUGAUUGGUAGACUCUUUGCCGGAGUGGGGAUAGGGUUCGGGGUCAUGAUCGCACCUGUUUACAUUGCUGAGAUUUCUCCUGCAAUAGCCAGAGGCUCUCUUACAUCUUUUCCUGAGAUUUUUGUAAAUCUAGGUAUCCUUCUUGGAUACAUAUCAAACUAUGCUUUUUCGGGACUUCCAGUCCAUAUGAGCUGGAGGGUCAUGCUUGGUGUGGGAAUCAUACCUUCAGUCUUUCUUGGAUUUUCUCUUUUUGUGAUCCCGGAAUCUCCAAGGUGGUUGGUGAUGCAGAAUAGGAUUGAAGAAGCAAAAAUAGUACUGACCAAGACAAAUGAGAGUGAAAGUGAUGUGGAGGAAAGAUUGGCUGAAAUACAAUUAGCUGCAGGGAUGGCUAAUGCUGAAAAGUAUGAAGCAAAAGCUAUAUGGAACGAAAUUUUGAAUCCUAAUCCUGCAGUUCGUCGAAUGCUGAUUACUGGUUGUGGAAUCCAAUGUUUCCAACAGAUUACCGGUAUUGAUGCAACUGUGUAUUAUAGUCCAACAAUUUUCAAAAAUGCUGGGAUCAAAGGCAACACUCAACUUCUUGCUGCAACUGUUGUUGUUGGGUUUACCAAAACUGUGUUCAUCUUGGUAGCCAUCUUUCUCAUUGAUAGAGUGGGCAGAAAGCCUUUGCUUUAUGUGAGCACAAUAGGAAUGACCACUUGUUUAUUUGGUCUGAGCCUUGCUCUAGCUCUUCCAGGAAAUGGAAAACUGGGAAUUGGAUUGGCAAUAUUAACUGUUUGUGGAAAUGUAGCUUUCUUUUCAGUAGGAAUUGGCCCAAUUUGUUGGGUCUUGUCAUCUGAAGUCUUCCCUCUUAAACUUCGAGCUCAAGCAUCCGCCCUGGGGGCUGUUGGUAGUAGGGUUAGUAGUGGUGUGAUUACCAUGUCCUUCCUCUCCGUGUCUCGAGCAAUAACAGUAGCAGGAACCUUCUUUAUUUUUUCAGUGAUUUCAGCUCUCUCUGUUGCUUUUGUCCAUACAUGUGUUCCAGAAACAAAAGGAAAGUCUUUAGAAGAAAUUGAAAUGCUUUUCCAAGAUAAAGGAGAAUGGCAAAGCGGUGAGGUUGAAAUGGGAGAUGCAGAGCGUCUAGUGCAGAAAGCAUGAGUGGGAGGGUUUAGUCAAAGGCCUUGUUGUAACCUUGUUCCACUCAAUUUUUCCUAUCAGAAUGCAGCUGAUGUGAGAGUUUUUUUUCUUGUUUCUGUUCAACUCUUCAAAGGGUACUUUGAAUCCAGUUAUGGUUGUUAGAUAAUAUAGUUCAAUGAAAUAGAAUAUGUGCAUGACACAUCAAAUCCAGCAAAUACAAUACCUUAUCACGUAGGUUGCUAGGCGGAGGAGAUUUCAGUUCUGUGAACAAAGGAACACUUUCCAACAUCCAAAGACUUCUGAUUGUGAAUAUGAAACAUUGAGCAACAUCUGCCACACAACUCUCAUCAAAAUCAUUACAAGUUGUUCCAAUUUUGAUUUCAAAGCCUUGAGAUAUACUGGAGGGCAUGCUUCGUGGGUGCCUUGAGAAUUUGUUGUAUUCUCCCAACUAUUUUUUGGAUCUACUGCAAAGACUAAACAUACUGCUAGAUGUUGCAUUAGCGUUGGAAUAUCUGCAUCAUGGUUAUUCAACCUCAGUGGUUCAUCAUGUAUCUGAUUUUGGCAUUUCCAAACUCUUGGCCGAAAGGGCAUUGAUAUCUUUGUGAUAGUUGAUCUUUAUGUC